AUGCAAAGAACAAUAAUAAAUCGUGUGGGUGUCCUGGCCCUUUGGCUAGUUAUCCUGGCCCAGCCUAGCAAGCCGUGCGAGACCACAACGUCGGCCACAGCCACAAAGGAUUGGUGGCAGAAUGCCCAGUUCUACCAGAUCUACCCGAGAUCCUUCAUGGACUCCGAUGGCGAUGGCAUUGGUGACCUGAAUGGCAUCACCAGCAAGCUGGAGUACCUCAAGGAUCUAGGCGUAACUGCUGCCUGGCUGUCGCCCAUUUUCACCUCUCCGAUGGUGGACUUUGGCUACGACAUAUCCGACUUCUUUGACAUCCAGCCGGAGUAUGGAACCCUGGACGACUUCAAGGCUCUAAUCAAGCGAGCCAAGGAGCUGGAUCUGAAAAUCAUCCUGGACUUUGUGCCCAACCACUCGAGUAAUGAGAGUAUUUGGUUUAAAAAGUCGGUGGCUCGUGAGAAGGGCUACGAGGACUUUUACGUGUGGCAUGACGGAAAGGUAAAUUCCGAGACCGGAGCACGAGAGCCUCCAUCCAACUGGCUGCAGGCCUUCCGGGGCAGUGCCUGGGAGUGGAACGAAGUGCGGCAGCAGUACUAUCUCCACCAGUUCGCCGUUCAGCAGGCCGAUCUCAACUACCGGAAUCCCCUUGUUGUGGAGCAAAUGAAGCGGGUGCUGCGCUACUGGCUGGACCUCGGAGUUGCCGGCUUCCGAUGCGACGCCGUGCCCGUGCUCUUCGAGAUCGAGACAGAUGCUAAUGGUCAGUAUGCCGACGAGGAGGUGAGUGGUUUGACGAACGACACCGAGGCCCGGAACUACCUCAAGAGCGAUCUGAUAGAGAACCGCCAAGAAACCAUCGACAUGGCCUAUCAGUGGCGCGUCGUUAUGGACGACUACCAACGCAUCCAUGGCGGAGACACGAGAGUCCUGCUCAUUGAGACCUACGCACCGCCCGCCUACACCAUGCAGUUCUAUGGCAAUCGUAGUGUCGAGGGAGCCCAUCUGCCCUUCAACUUCAACCUGAUCACUGUGCCGGCCAGCGAGGGAUUCUCGGCGAGCUCCGUCAAGUUGUCGGUGGACAACUGGCUGAAUAAUCUUCCUUCUGGUCGCACCGCCAACUGGGUGAUUGGAAACCACGAUCAGCGGCGGGCGGCCAGUCGGUAUGGAGAGGCCAACGCGGAUGCAAUGAACAUGUUGGUGAUGAUCCUGCCAGGAGCCAGUGUUACUUACCAGGGCGAGGAGCUGGGCAUGACCGAUGGCGAGAUAAGCUGGGAGGACACCCAGGAUCCGGCGGCCUGCAACUCCAACUCUCAGAUCUACGAGCAGUUCACCCGCGAUCCCUCUCGCACGCCCUUCCAGUGGACGAGUGGCACUAAUGCAGGAUUUUCCACGGCCGCCAAGACGUGGCUGCCACUGGCAGCGGAUUACCAAACGGUGAACGUGGAAACGGAGACGGCAGCCCAGCGUUCCCAUUUGAAGAUUUACAAGUCUCUGGUGGAGCUGAGAAAGUCCUCGCUGACUCUGCAGAAUGGUUCCACGAAAUUCGGUGCUAAUGUGUUUGUGGUAAAGCGUUACCUCUCCGGCUCGCAGUCCAUUAUUUACGUGGCCAACCUUGCCAGCAAUGGUGUCACCGUGAACCUGUACGACUUUGACCAGAGCCUGCCCACCCACCUGACGCUCCUUGUGCGCAGCCUACAGUCCGCGAAGGCGGAAGGCUCCCUGUUUGAAGUCACCGGACUGAGUCUGGCGGCCGGCGAGGCACUGGUGCUCGGCACUUCCUGAUUCGAUUGGACUACCUUGCAGUAUCUGGCGCACUUGAAAGACAUACCGACUUGGGCCACUCAAUCGGCAUUUAUCUCCGGCUCAAAGCAAAUAUGCCGUGGCUUGCAUAAAUAAAUAAAUAAGCAAAGAA